AUGCUCGGAAGAAGAUUGAUUCCUAGAAUUGAAAGAAGGAACCUACUGAGGUGGAGUUCAUCUAACACCAACUCUGAAGUCAAAAUUGCAAAUUCUGUGAUUUUGAAGAAACCAGCCUAUGAUCUUAAAGGUAUAAGUGAGAAUCUCGAUCAAUAUAUUGAAAGUUCACAAAGAAGAGAAUUACCAGAAAAUACUCUACAAGAAAUUAAAAAAACAAAAGAUUAUUAUGUAAAAGUCAAAGAAUUAACCAAUCAGUUAAAAAAGCUACAAGCUGAAAAGAAUAUUUCUCAAGUGGCUUUGAAAGAGUUAAGAACCAAGAACGAAAUUGGAACUUCUAAAUAUGAAGAGCAGUUAAAAAUACAAUCAAUGUUGAAGAAACUUGAAAAGGAAACAAAUGAGAAAAUCAAAUCAGAAGAGCUAACAUUAUACUCAUUAAUGGAAAAUUUCCCAAAUAAAAUUCAUGAAUCAGUCAAAGAUGAACAAGAAUUAAUCAAAUACCUUAAUCCUAAAGAAAAGUAUGACCAAAUAGAAGCUUUAGAACAUAGCAAAAUAGCACAGGAUUUAGGGAUACUGAACCUGAAAGCUGCCUCAAAUGUUAGUGGUGCUUCAUGGUAUUAUUUGAUUGGUGAUGGUGCAUUAUUAGAACAAGCAUUAGUCCAGUAUUCAUUGAGUCUUGCCAGAAAAAAAGGUUAUAAAAUGGUCACUCCUCCAUCCAUUGUUAGAACAGAAGUUUCAAAUGCAUGUGGAUUCAAACCAAGAGAUCAAAACGGCGAAGUUCAAACUUAUGAAUUGAAACAUGAUAAUUUGGUAUUAACAGGUACUGCUGAGAUCCCAUUAGCUGGUUUAGCCAUUGAAAAAGUCUACAAAGAAGAAGAAUUACCUGAUAGAGUUGCUGGUGUGAGUCGAAGUUAUAGAGCUGAGGCAGGUGCUAGAGGUAAAGAUACAAAAGGUUUGUAUCGUGUUCAUGAAUUUACUAAAGUCGAGUUGUUUGUUUGGGCUACAGAUAAACAAUCAGAAGCUGAACUUGAAAAACUGAGAGAGUUUCAAGAAGAGUUGAUUCAUUCAUUAGGUCUUUCUGCUAGAGUAUUGAGUAUGCCAGCUAAUGAUCUUGGAGCCCCAGCUAUCAAAAAGUAUGAUAUCGAAGCAUGGAUGCCAGGAAGAGGUAAUUGGGGUGAGUUGACAUCCACAUCAAACUGUACAGAUUAUCAGUCAAGAAGAACACAUACAAAAUACAAAAACAAAGAAUUGAAGAAAAACUUGUUUGUCCAUACUUUGAACGGUACUGCUUUAGCUGUUCCAAGAGUUAUUGUCGCAAUAAUUGAAAAUUUCUAUGAUCCUUCCACAAACAGGGUUUCCAUCCCAAAAGUUUUACAAAAAUACAUGGAUGACAAAGAGCACAUAGAAUUACAAUAG